AUGUUAAUUGAUGCUGAUCAAGAAUCCCACGCUAUGUGCACUGAUAAAUCCUCACAUUGCAAGCGUAGAAGUCAUUUAUGUGACAGCAAUGCAUUUCGUGAAGUAAUGCAAUCACUUUGUAAAAAAACUUGUAACUUAUGUGAUGAUGGAAAUGAAGAUUUGCUAAAAGUACAGCAUGAAAUCGAAGAAGACAAUACACAGGAAGCUUCAGAGGAAGAAGACGAAAUAAGCGAUAAAGAACAUCCGGAAUCUGAAACGGAUAUUGACGAAUCAGAAGAAGUCCCGGAGGAGUAUGUUACAGUACUGCCAACAACGACCAAAACGUAUUUUACGACAAAGAACGUGAAAACUACUCACUGUAUUGAUCUAUCGCCUGAUUGUGAAGGCAAGCAGCAUUUGUGCAGUGAGCUUACUUAUGCUCGUCUUAUGAGGAAAGAAUGUCCAAAAACGUGUCAAUCAUGCGAAACUACUACUUCAUCACGAAGUCACCGAUUACCGAGUCAUCAUCUUAUCCAUGGAUCAAGUAGGAGUGGGAUGCAUGUUUCAGAAUGUCGAGAUAUAGCAUCGGACUGUCGAGCAUCUUUGUGCGAUAACCAGAGCUAUCGUCAACUUAUGGAGACUGUUUGCAAGGAAACAUGUUCAUUGUGCUGA